AUGGACUCCUCCGACAAAAUCAAUAACCCUGCUGACAUCUCAGUCAUAGUCAUCUAUUUUGUGGUAGUCCUAGCAGUGGGACUAUGGGCCAUGCUCUCAACAAACCGAGGGACUGUGGGUGGAUUCUUCCUAGCUGGACGGAGCAUGGUGUGGUGGCCGAUUGGUGCUUCUCUGUUUGCCAGUAACAUUGGCAGUGGGCACUUUGUGGGCUUGGCAGGCACAGGAGCGGCUGCAGGAAUUGCCACUGGAGGAUUUGAAUGGAACGCCCUGAUAUUUGUGGUGAUUCUUGGCUGGUUAUUUGUUCCCAUCUACAUCAAGGCUGGGGUGGUGACGAUGCCAGAAUAUCUCAAAAAGCGGUUUGGCGGCCGACGGAUUCAGAUGUAUCUGUCAGUCCUUUCUCUGCUCCUCUAUAUUUUCACCAAGAUCUCGAUAAAAAACGGUUUCCAUGUUGUCACUCUUCCGUCUAACAGUGCUGACCAUCCAAAUCAGCUCUACAGCUCUGUGUGUCUGUGCCUGUUGGAUUAUACCAGGGGACUCUUUCUCUAG